GACCUGAUCGCUUGAGGAAGGCUGCCUUACAGCAGACCUGCAAUCGGAUGAUGGUGAGAUGGGGCCAAGGAAAAGACGACCAAACAAAAGGUAUUUGGAGGAGGACAGCGAGGAGGAGGCAGGACCAAGCCGCAGGGGGAGGAGGCCACCAUCUAUUGACGCCACUCAGCUGGACAGCGAGUGGCAAUUCCCCUCCCUUAAUGAAGACACUCAGCCAGGCCUGUUUCUUCACAGCCAGCCACUAACUCAUGAUUCACCGUCGUCAGAAACCCCGCCAGGCCCUUUCCUUCACAGCCAGCCACUAACCCAUGAUUCACCCCAGCCACGUCACUGCUUCCAUGCCACACCUCUGCCAUCGCAACAGUUGCUGCGUGAUUCACCGUCUUCAGAAACCCCGCCAGGCCCUUUCCUUCACAGCCAGCCACUAACCCAUGAUUCACCCCAGCCACGUCACCGCUUCCAUGCCACACCUCUGCCAUCGCAACAGGGGAACAAUCAGUUGCUGCGUGACAUGGGCAUCAGCACAGUCAUCGCUCUCCUUGGCCAGCUGAGGGAGGAAAACAGGGAGCUGAAGGGGGAAGUAGGAAGGCUGGCGCAAGAGGUCAGGGCCCUAAGGAGAGAGAUGGGGAGACAAGACACACCCCAGACAUCGCCCCUAAUCAAGCUCCCACUCUCCACCAUGGAGGAGUUUUUGGCAGUAGAGGCCCUGGUGAAGGAAGAUGCCAAACAAAAGCAGCUAAUGGUUCCAGUCAUCUGCAACACCUGCAAAAAGAAACACAAAUACUUAAUAUCAUUGUGAAUCAAUGAAACAAUGAUAAACAUGUGUCAGACUAGCGCUAUGGUUCUGACAGUCUUCUUCACAGACAUGCAAUUAAAAUCAAUGUGUAAUUACUAGACUGCCACCUGCUGUACUGGAGAGGGCGGGGACGUGAAUUCAUGGCCCGACUUCCUGCUGUAAACUCCUGUCAGAAGCGCGUCAUGAAUUCUGGACCUACCGACUUUUAUAUAAUGUGAAAAUACGGGAUAUUUUCGAGAAAAUAAAAAAACGGGAAGACAGCAGGAAAUAAGUCAAAAUAAGGGAUUUCCCGGGAAAAACAGGAGGGUUGACAGGUAUGCCUUACAGCAGAUAUUUUUUUCCAAGGGCACAAGCCCAAAUUGAGAGGGCACGAGGGCCAUGGCCCUUGUGAAAUUCCUGCCCUGGUAUGUACAACACAAGAUAUCCAUGACACAAAGUGUAAACAAAUGAUAACCCCCCCCCCCAACCCAUGGCGACCCCCUAACCAACCCAUCCCGGAUCUCAAAAUACAAUCCAAAUAUUAAAAAAAAGAAAAAAAUGCAUGUACAGGUAAAAGUAUAACAUACAAACAUAACUCAUCAUGUAAAUUAUGGAUAAUUAUGCUGCACUCUUUCUUUAACCAAAGUGUAAGCUGCAUCCCAUGCACUAAUUGUUUUCUGACUAGCUGCAUGCAUCCGGGCCACUGAUCUCUCCAUCAUGACAAUGUCUAGGAGAAAGUUGGCCCAUUGUUGCCAUGGCAAGUUAUGAGGUGGCUGCCAUCUCAGUGUCAAUAUUUUCUUAGCUCCAGUGAGGCCAGCCCAUAAUAAGCGCCUUUGUUGAAGAGAAAGUUCUAAAGUGGAGUCAUCAUUAAGCAGGAGUAAAGAUGGUGAUAGUGGGAUAUUGACCUCAAGCAUAUCACUCAAGGUGAUAGAGAUUUGUCUCCAGAAAGCAGACACACUGGGACAAUCCCAAUACAUGUGUAUAAAUGAUCCUGCAGUAUUGAGUGUGCAUAAGUCACAAUUAGGAGAUGUGAUGAUUUUCAUAGCAUGACAUUUCCUGGGGGUUAGAUACAUCCUGUGUAUAAAUUUAAAAUGUAUCAAUUGAUGGUCAGGGUUUUUGGAGGGGUCAUGUAGAUUCUUCCAUACUGUAUCCCAGCAAAUUUCUUCCUCUCCUGUGGAGGGGAGGUCCCUCUCCCAUAUACUUUCUACAGGCAACAGUGCACAUGGAUCAGAAAUAAAUUUAUAAAGUUUGGAAACCA